ACAGGACGGCGUUGUGACGACCUCACGUCCGCCGGAAGUGUCCGCAGGAGAGCCUGGAAGCCGGCUCACCUUCGCGCCCGUGGUGUCCUGAGCUUCGCGAUUUGAGCAGGAGCCGCCACUCUUCCUACCAGGAUCAUGGUGUUCUACUUCACCAGCUGCAGUGCUAAUUCAUCAACUUACACUAUUUACAUGGGAAAGGAUAAAUAUGAAAAUGAAGAUUUGAUAAAGUAUGGCUGGCCUGAAGAUAUUUGGUUUCACGUGGACAAACUCUCUUCAGCUCAUGUAUACCUUCGAUUACAAAAGGGAGAGAAGAUCGACGACAUUCCAAAGGAGGUUCUGAUGGACUGUGCCCACCUUGUGAAGGCCAACAGCAUUCAAGGCUGCAAGAUGAACAACGUUAAUGUGGUCUACACGCCAUGGUCUAACCUGAAGAAAACAGCCGAUAUGGAUGUGGGGCAGAUAGGCUUUCACAGGCAGAAGGAUGUAAAGAUCGUGACAGUGGAGAAGAAAGUGAAUGAAAUCUUGAACCGAUUAGAAAAGACCAAAUUGGAGAAGUUUCCAGACCUAGCAGCAGAGAAAGAAGGCAGAGACCGUGAAGAGAGGAAUGAGAAAAAAGCCCAGAUCCAGGAAAUGAAAAGGAGAGAGAAAGAAGAAAUGAAGAAGAAAAGGGAAAUGGAUGAACUUAGGAGCUACUCGUCACUAAUGAAAGUUGAGAAUAUGUCUUCAAAUCAAGACGGUAAUGAUUCUGAUGAGUUCAUGUGAACUGAGCAAAGGCCCCUGGGAAGACACGAAUGUGCAGACAUUACAGAUCUUUGGAUUUCAUCUAUGCUCUGAAUUACAGCAGAAGCCAACCAACCAAAACUCUACCUUCAUUCUACAUAGACAUCGUUCAUUUUUGGAGUUAAAAAAAAAAGUCAUUCUUUUUGCUGAUGGAAAGAACAGAUGUAUACUAUAGCUGAACUUGAAGAGAACGUAUAACUUUAGGAAGAGGAAAAUAUUUUUUGCAGAACGUACAUCAGUACCUCACAGAGGCUGACUGCCUCUGUCCUUGAGAUAGACAUUCAAGCAGACCAGCUCUGGAAGGUUUCUGUGGCUGUGGUCUGUCCUGGAGUCAGACGUCAUGAAAUGCGCUUCCUCCUUCUAAAAUGUCUCUAUUUCUGUUAAGUAGACUAUUGGUGGUUUACUCAGGCCAGGCUCCCCUGAUGAUUUCCUCAUGGAAGAAAGGCAUAUGGGUUCUGAAGACAGUAGCAGGACUUACUUAAGCUGGCUUUCAAUAUUGACAAGUUCUUUCUUGCUGGUGUCAGAGUAGCUGGCGCAGCUCGUAGCUUAUUCUGGGGUUUUAUGUUCUCGCUCCUCAAGGUGAGGGCCCCCUCAAGGUGAGGGCCCCCAUCUUAGCAUCAUACUUAGACAGUUGGUCCUAACCAAGUUUGAGAACUGGUCGCCUGAACCACAGGUGACCCAAGCCCCAGAUGUGACAACUAGGCUCCGAAGUCACUUCUCUGUGUGGAGGGAGACAGGAGGGGCGGCUCUGCCAGUAGUAACACAGAUUGCCUCAUUUUGUCUUGACUGUAUCAUGAAACAAAAGUCCACAGUGGGUUGCAAGUUUUAGAAAGAAUCGCGCAUUUUUCCUAACCGGCUAAGUCAUCUAUUUCCUUACUUUGAAAUAAUAUUUAUGUUGGAUUGUAACCCCAGAAUUGUAGGCUCAGUGAUUUCACAUGUAGCGCUGUAUUGGUCUGAGCCACCUGCUCCCCAGUAGAAGCCUUCUUAGUGCAGUGUUUAAGGGAACCCCUGCAGAGACAGCAGGACAGUGAGAAGAAGAGCAAAGCCUGCAGGGUCAUGAGUGGCGUGCAUAUCCAUAUUUUAACAUAACACACAGUGCCCACAACACUAGUGUGCUGAGCCAGCAGAAAUGCUUUCUUCACGGACAAAGGCAAAACCAGAAGACCCGUGAUCCCUGGUGUUCCAAGUUCAGUAUGUGUUGAACUGGACAAUUCCCUGAGGCAUAACUCAUUAGCCAAAUUUGAAGGGUAUGGAAGUCAGUGCCAGAGCUAUGUAAGAGAGAGAGAGAAAGAGGGAGUGAGUGUGUAUAUGUGUGUGUGUGUUACUUAGAUUGGAGUUCUGUGAUUUAAAAAUAUAAUAAAAGUAUCACUUUUUAUCAGAAAAGACACAUAUAUGAAUUCUUAGAACUUGUAUUCUAUUAAAAAAAAAAAAAAAGCAGACUCCACAUCCCAGCUGGUUUGAGGCUAAUUGUGCUAUAAAACUCAUUUAUCAGCCAGGUGCGGUGACACAUAACUGUAAUCCCAGCACUCAGGAGGCAGAGGCAGGUGGAUCUCUGUGAGUUCAAGGCCAGCCUGGUCUACCAAAUCCCUGAGUCCAGGACAGCCAAGGCUACACCAAGAAACCCUGUCUCCAAAAACAAAACCAAAUGCAUUUAUCGUAAGUUCUGUCUAUGAACUUAAGUCUUACGCAUUCGAGGUACGCAUUGGGCCACACCC